UGCACCUUCCACAAUAGCAUCUGCCAGUUCCUACUCUACUCUUCGCUUUGCUUUCCCCCCGCCUCCCAACCGCCUCCCAACCUCAAAAUCAUGUCGACGCUUCUCUCCGACUUCUUCAAUCAUCCCUUUGCGGAUCUGAUCACUCGUAACUCCUCCUCCUCAUCAGGCUCCCAACCCCAGGUGGACUGGAAGGAAACUCCCCACGCCCACGUCUUCCACGUCGAUCUCCCUGGCUUCUCCAAGGAGGACCUGAAGCUAGAGCUUGUCGACGGAAGAGCCGUCCUUAUAAGCGGGGAGAGGAAAGAGGAAGCUGAAGCCGCGGCCGCGGAGAAAGGCAGCAAGUGGCACUGCCGAGAGCGGGGGAGCGCCUCCCGCCUCUACCGCCAGUUCCGUCUACCGGACAAUGCUAAAGUCGAAGAGAUCAAGGCGUCGAUGCGGGACGGCGUGCUUACUCUGACCGUGCCCAAAGAUGAGCACAAGCAGCAGCAGCAGCAGCUGAAGCACAAGGCUGUGGAAAUCUCCGGCGACGGCGAGACCCAUCAUCCCCCUAAAGGAUUUGGUCGCUUUGUUUGCUGCAAAGCUUAAUAUCUUACACCGAACGCUCAGCAGAAAGCAUGUCCUCGUGUGAUGCCGAUGAUUUGUUUUCAUUGCUUUGGUGAUCAAAUGUCGUUGUGCAUGAUAGAUGUUGUGUAUAAUAGUCACAGACUAGGGUUGUCAUUGAAGUUUUGAAUGGAUGGAAUGCUGGGCUGUUUUGCUUGUAUCCCAAUGGCACACUUUUGGUUCCCAAGCUCCUCCUCAUCUCUUCCGUGGCAAUCCCGUACAUGUAACUAAACGUCCUUUCUCUGGGAUUCCACUGAUGUGGGAAGGUCUUGCGAUCCUCUUGAAGUUGUCGUGGAUUAGAUUUUGCAUCAGGAUUGGCACCUUGCCAUGAAAUGCUGGAAGCAUAUCCUGCUUGCUCACGGUCGCAUAUGAAGACUUGCGAUAUAUUUCA